GUAACAAAGUGAGGAACUCAGACAGGAAGGGACUUUAAAAGUGAAAGUAUGAAGUAAGAGAGGCAGACUCCAUUUCGUACUUCGACAAAGCAGGAGGAAAAAACAGGUAUUACCAGUGCAUCUGUCAGACCCGAGACUAUGGAUGAUUUAAGAAAGGACAAUCCUAGAGCCACCAGCCCUCCUCGGUAUGUGGAGAGGAUUUGGCUGGAGGGCGACGAGACCAAGCCUGAGAAAUCAAACACCUAUGACCGCUAUGGCGUAGAGGAUGGGACAACAGAAGCACAGGAUUUUGUAACCUUCUCACCUGCAGUGUUUCAAUGCAGGUUCCAACAACCUCUAUACAGGUACAAGUUCCCUGGUCCUGGUGUGUUCCGGUGUGAUUUGACUAACCUGGUGUUCGUAAUGGCUAAAGAGGCAGAGCUGACGUACAUGACCCUCAUUUGGGACGAAGACCUCCUCAACUCAGGCGGAAAGACGCCUGCAGGGCCGCUGUUCCAAAUCAAGAGUGCUGUCGAGGACGCCCUAACUCAGCUCCGCUUCCCCCACAGUGAAACAAAGGAAGCGAUGAAGGAUGGCGCAUUGUCUGUGGCUGACAUCUCUGAUGAGGGAAUGAGCAUCUUGAAGCCGCUGGAGAUGACAGAGACUCACGUGGUCGUGGACGUCCCUCACCUCUCUUCCUUUGGCCUGGUUUGGCAUAUCAUCAAAAGGUUUAUGAAAAAUAACCGGCCAAUAAGGAGCCAACUCAUGCUGUACCUACGGACACCGAUCAAAGAGCUUCAAAUAAUGACCGUAAUUGUCCUGCAGGACAACGUCCCUUUGCAUGAGAUUUCCAGACAACAAAAUGGUGCUCAGCGCGUAAGGAUCCCAAGCCACUGUCAGCUGGACUUUGGUCACAAAUACAGCAUUCACGUUGAUCCUGAAGACCUGUUCCUGCAGCCAAUGCAUGAUGAAUUCUCACCCAGGUUCGGACCGAAUUACCAUCCGACAUUUGAAGUUUUCCUGGACACGAGCACAGAGUCCCUGAACUUGAAGCUCCAGGACCAGAGCGGGAAAGUAGCCUGGGAAAACAGACUGUAUCUGCAAGAAGCAAGAUGGUUAAUGUCCCGGCGGAAGCCCUAUUCAGACAUGCAGCUGAUCUCUCAUCGGUCAGCGCUCAGCAAUGGGAUAUCUCCAGCUACUCUGGAGAAGCUUCUCGAUGUGCUUAUCGAGAACAAAAUUCUAACUGAUGAGCAAAUUGCAUCAGUCAGCGCCAAACCCCAAGAAGAAAGAGCAAGAGAGGUGCUGCAGAUGGUGCAAUACAAGGGACGAGAUCCCAGCACAAUCCUGCUCGCUGCUCUCCGUGAGGUUGACCCGGUGAUCUGCAAAGAGCUCGAGAUAGACUAUUAAGAACCCGUAGUGUAAGGAGAAAUCUCAACCCCAACCCUAAACCCCUCAGGAGCUUAUUCUGAACGCAGCAGCCCAAUUAUUCUAAAACCCCCCUCAGUUCUCCCACAAAUACACCGCCCUCCCCUCCCCUCAUUGGCUACCAGUAGAUGCCCAUAUCUGCUUGAAGUCCCUGGUAAUGUUCUACCUUUUGGCACUUUUCCUUCCUACAUCCAGGACAUACUUAAAGAGAUCCUUUUAUGCUUUUUUCUGGUUCCCCUUUCCUGUCGUGUGUUAUAUAGGUUUUUGUAUGGUCUGCGAAUGCUAAUAUCCCUGUGUUUCCUCCAGAAGGAGUUUCUCUCACAAGAACACACCUAUCUGUUAUCCUGGCUCCAAAAUGGUGGAUUGAACUCCCAAUUGAUAUCAUGACAGCUGAACGUCUACACAUCUUCUGUCACAGAAUCAACACCCACCUGUGUCAACUGCACCUUUUCCAUCAAAAAAAAUCCAAAAAAAAAUCUCACUUGGUUGUAGCACUUGGUUGCGUUUAUGAACAGCUUAGGUACUUUCAGGAAUCCUGCUUUUUUGGGGGUCUAUCUUCAUGGUUGAUUGAACUCAUUGGUUGUCGCUUUGGACAACAUUGUCAGCUAAAUGAAAUGUAAUGUAUAAGAUGCACAAGAUAGGAAUAGUGCAUUUUUUCUUGUUGGCACUAUAAUAUUUUUAGCAUAUAGAAGGUGGAUUUUUAAUCACAUCAGCUGCAAGUUAAAGGUGGGGUAGGUAAGUUUGAGAAACCGGCUCGAGAUACACUUGUUGUUAUAUUCCAUGGAAUGCUCUUAACAUCCCAUAGCAAAAAUCCAUAAAAACAUGUCAUCUGUGGAAGCCGUAAUACUGUAAAAAGCACGACCAAUCAUCUGAGCCGGCCCGGCUAAAGUAACUGGAUGGCCUACCUGCCUGUCAGCCUUCCAUCUGUGCACAAAUGUAUCUCGUGCCCUCAUUGGUCAUGUGCGCGUUUGUGUGUGUUGGAGGAGGGGCUCUGUAAGGAAGUGGCAGAUUUUUUCCGGCUGUGUAUUUUCAAAUUCUAGCGCACUCGAGCUGGUUUCUCCAAAAUUACCUACCCCACCUUUAAGAGUAUAGAUGUUAAAUUCAACUGUUAUUUUCUGCAUUCAACGCAUCUGUAACUUUUCCAAAAAUAAAAAUGGUCAAAAUAA